AAUUAUUAAAAGAAUAACAUUUUGAAGAAAGCAGUUACUGUAGCGGCAUCUAGUAAUAUUUAAGGGAAUAUUAUGCCUUAGUUGACUUGCCCUGUGGCAUAGAUGGCACCACUUUCCAUACAUUUUGUUUUCUUGUCCUCAAAGUACUGUACUGUCACCCCCAUGUGACGGACACAGGUCACAGUAAAUCCGAGCUAAAACGAGUGAUAAAAAACUAAGCAUUUAAAAGAAUUUCGAAUUCAAGACGUUAUUGGAAAAGUUUUAUAUUAAUCUAUAAAACGUCUUAUAUACCCAGUGCCAUCAAAUAAACUGUUUCUAUUGACUGUGUUUCCUGUGAACGCGGAACGUUUUAAGAUCGUAUCCCGGUAGAAUAUAGGCACUACCGGUGCCUAUAAACAUAAGACUCACUCUAGUUUUUUAAUCUUUAUGUGUGAUGGGAGAUAGAGAUUGGAGACCGUUUGUUUACGGCGGCCUCGCGUCGAUCGUCGCCGAAUUCGGUACAUUCCCUAUUGACACAACAAAGACACGACUUCAGAUUCAGGGCCAGAAGAUAGACCCUCGUCAUGUGGAGCUCCGGUACACUGGCAUGGUGGACUGCUUCGUCAAGACCUCACAGCAAGAGGGGGUCAAAGCAUUGUACUGCGGCAUCUGGCCAGCGGUGUUACGGCAGGCGACGUACGGCACCAUCAAGUUCGGCACCUACUACUCCAUGAAGGACUGGAUAGCGCAGCACAGGGCUGACGGCGGCUCCAUAGAACACGUGCCCACCAACACGUUCUGUGCGGCCUUCGCUGGUGGCCUCUCCAGUGCCAUUGCUAACCCUACUGAUGUACUCAAAGUUAGAAUGCAGAUGGGCGACGAGAAGCGCAACCUGGUCCGCUGCUUCAUCGACAUGUACCGGCUGGAGGGCGUGCGCGGGCUGUGGCGCGGCGUGGGCGCCACGUCGCAGCGCGCGGCGCUCAUCGCGGGCGUGGAGCUGCCGGUGUACGACGCCAGCAAGCGCGCGCUGCUGCCGGCGCUGGGCGACGCGCCGCCCAACCACCUGGCCGCCUCCGCGCUCGCCAGCCUCGGCAGCGCCGUGGCCAGCACGCCGCUCGACGUCAUACGGACGAGAAUGAUGAACCAAAGAAAAAUGAAGAAUCAAGUCGCAAAUCCAAAUGAAAAAAUAUACACAGGGACGAUAGACUGCCUACUGCGGACGGUUCGCAACGAAGGUUUCCUGGCCCUAUACAAGGGCUUCAUUCCGACGUGGCUGCGCAUGGGACCCUGGAACAUCAUAUUCUUCCUCACGUACGAGCAGAUGAAGCAAAUGUAUUGAGCGAGGGAUAACACCAAGACUGGUUACUGGUGAUCAGAUCACCAAGGAGCAGAUAGAAUCAAGCGCGGCACGUGUGAGUGAGCUUACGUAGAAGCUAAUGUGGGUGCGUGUUGAGUCUGCUACAGCUAAAGCCAUCAUUUAUUAUUUUGCGUCGAGACAUACUUUGUGAAUUUGUGUAGGCACUGUUAUAGUUAUGUGGACACUUCAGUUUUUUUAUCGAGGUAUUUGUUUGACGUUGUUCGAAAAGAUUUUUUGGGUAAUUAUUAAUCAUGAUCAACAUAAAUCAAUACCCUACUAAACUUCGUAAUGCAAAUGUAAAAUGAAAAAGAGGGUAGUCGGAGAAAAUCGUAAAAAGUCCUUAGUACGUAAGUAGUAAUGAUGCAGGCGACACGUGCUGCACAUAAUAUAUUUAAGUGUUAUUUAUAUCGAAUGAAUGAGCUUUUGUAGAUAUUUACAUUAAGUCGCAGGAUCACCUGUUUGUAUGUAGUUCCUUCGUAAUUUUAAAUGUAUCUUGUGAUAACUUUAAUUUGCUCUUUUGUAAAGUGUUUUUUUUUUUGUAAAGGAUGGCGAAACAAUUUAAUUGAAUGUUGCAUUUGCAUUUUUAAACAUUGAUAUUUACUCUACAAUGUUCUAAAAAUCUUAGAAUCUGAUGGAAGCCAAUAGCCGGGUCAUCCAUGUGAUGACUGUUUCGAAGGAAAGAACAAAUAAUGAGAUACAUGUUCACACUUUCACACAAUGUCUAUUUUCGGACCCAACCGGAGACCGCGAUGGGCUGAGUUCAUUGUUUACUAUAUAAUACGUACGUAGAGAAGACUCUCGGGCUUAUACGUGGAACCUUUUGUCCAUCAUUUUCUUUAUAGUUUUUCAGCGUCCUUUUGUAGAACAUUGAUCUGGGUUUUUUCUGGUCUGUGGUUGUAAACUGCAUUUCAUUAUUAUUGUAUUCAACAUGUUAAGGUACACAGGUGAAUAUAUUUGUAUAAGAAAAAACUAAGCCAUUUAAAUUUAAAGCAUUUAUUUUAUAUUAUCCCAAAUUCUUUGCAUCUACUAGGUUAAUUUCGAAGAGGUCUUUAUUUAAAUUGUUUAAGUGGUCAGCAUUUGAAUAUCUAAUAUAUAAAAUUCUCGCGUCGGGUCGACCGAUUCUCAUGCAAUUUUGUGUCCUUAUUGGGUAGUUCAGAGAAUCGGAGAACUAUUUUUUUACCCCUAGAACACACUUACAUGGCAAAA